GUGAUGGAUUUGUACUUUUCACAAGUCCAGGAACCAGAUCAGAACAAGUGAUGGCGCCCUUCAAAUUAAAAAAGAGCUAGCGACUGCGAGCGUGGAUGCUCAGUCUGUUUCCUUUCUGAGAAUGGGACAGCUCUGCCAACUUUAGUCAGGCUACCACGAUGUCGUACCUUCACGAAAUCUGCCUUGACGAAAUAGCUCUGGAGGGACUUGAUGGAAUCACUCUGGCCUGUUUGUGGUGUCGUCUGGACCAGCGCCUUCCCAAGUUUCCCCUGGCGUUGGACCCCAAGGCCAAGCAGUUCCUCUGGAAGGGCAUUCUUGCCAGCAAGGAUGUGGCGUUCUUCAGUCUCCCUGAACCUAGGAAGCUGCCUACGUUCCCCCAUGAGUACAUGACGACCGAUGAACCCACUGGUAUUGUCUUCCUUAAAGAAGAGGUCCAGAGAAAAGAGUACCCAGCAUGCAUUAUCAACAGUUUUGAGAAUGAUGGGAUACAGGGGUCGUGCGCCACCUUCAAGGAGAGAGUUGACAUCAGUGAUGAGGUCAGAGGUCACGAUGGAGGCAAGGUCAUGACCCUAGAGGAGGUACAGAAGAGAUGGGGUGAUUCUCUGGUCAUUGUUGCAAGCCAAGAGCUGCGUAUGUCGGCCCUGGUGGGCCCUCACGGCGACCCGUCCCUGGAGCUCAGCGGUCUCCGGUACUCUUUCCUGGAGUUUGUGGGCCGGCAGCGUCACUUUGGUGCCCAGCAGGUGGACUUUGCCCGACUGUUCAAGCUGACUUUAACGUCCCUGCACAGCUUGCGCAAAGACCUGAGCAGUAACCAACUCCUUGACAAGAGGACCUGCUUGUGUCGGACUGCCAAGCACCUCAAGAACUCCAUCUUCCUAAUGUUGCUGAGGUUCGGCCCCCUGGCCAAGCACAGUAACAUGAGCCACCACGGCAUGCUCUCCACCAACCUCAUCCAGAUCCUGGAGAAACAACCCAAGAGGACGGCCGACUUCAAAUUCCUCUUUGCCGAGCUGGCCAAGAAAUUGCCAUCAUGGACCCUGUGGCAUCUCUGAAUGUACAGCAGCACCAGAAAUGUACAAAAUGGUAUCAGCAAUGUACAACAGCAUUAGGAUUGCACAACAACAUCAGCAAUGUACAACAGUAUCAGCAAUGUACAACAGCAUCAGCAAACUACAACAGCAUCAGCAAACUACAACAUCAUCAGCAUCAGUAAUGUAUGUGCAUCAGCAAUGCACAGCAUCAGUAUACAACAAGCCUGUGCACACACCUUAGGCUUCACACGGGUUGACAUUGUGAUGACAUGACUCAGUAACGACCGGAACAUACCGGUAUCAGUUGUGGAUGUUUUGGCGAACUUCGUGUAACUGCGAUGAUAUUCAUACAAUAAGCAUCAAUCAGUGCUCAAAAAUUGACAGUCACAAGAGUAGCAAAAUUGUGACUUCUGCACCACGACGGAACGUGUGUGAAGUUACGACAUGGUCCAAUUAACAGACGUGGACAUGGACAGUUGUUUGAGAAAUCCUACAUUACAGUCAUGAAGUUAAAACAAGUAAACUUUUUACGAGCAAUCGUGUACAAUUGUGACAGAGUUGUUCACAUGAAGGUCGUUUUUGUACAAGUAAUGCUUAAACAUUCUCUUCAAAUUAUUAAUUUUCUUUUAGAUUUGUUCUUUUCUAAAUAACAUAUCCAUAUUUUUAAAAAUUGUACAGUUCCAUGAAUACAAGUUCUACUGAACUGCUUCUUGAUAAAGUAUUCAUGAUAAAAUUUCACUCAUUAUUAAUCCACUGUAGCAGAUUUGGUUUUUUUUAAACCAAAAGAUGUUACAGAAACUGUCAAUAGUGAUUGGAACGCCCCUCAGUUCAGUUUGCAACCAAUGGCAGGCAGCGUUUACAGGAUCGAUAGUUCGAUAUCAGAAGA